GGGAGGAUCGCUGCGUUGAGUCAGUCCGCCGUAGCUCUGCCGACUGGAGGGAUGUGACCCCGGAACAGGACGCCCUCCUACAACAACACACCAUUCAAACAGAGCACAGAAGAAAGUAAAGCUGGACCAGGAGGGAGCCACAGGAGCAGGGGGGAUGAACCGCGAGGAGGCCCCGGGAAAGUCUCCUGAAGACAUGUACAUCCAACAGAAAGUGCGGGUCCUGCUCAUGCUCAAGAAAAUGGGAUCAAAUCUUACGCCGAGCGAAGAGGCUUUUCUCCGGAAUUACGCAGGUGUGGUCCACAGUCAGAUGAGCCAACUACCACAGCACAACAUAGACCAGGGUGCAGAGGAUGUGGUGAUGGCGUUCUCACGGUCAGAGACGGAGGAUCGACGGCAGUGACCCUGGCUCCCACACCCCUCGUCCCACCCCAACCCCCCCAGUCCCACCCUGCACGUGAUCCACACCACCUUUAAAUUCCGCAAACACGACGCCUGAUGAGCUCAGGAGAGGAGGGGAGAGGAUGCCUGAGAGGGACAGAAGAGGAAGGGAAGAGACACGGCGGUGGCUGCCUCACCCUCCACCCGGCCUUUUCCACCCCGACUCCUCCUCAUACGAGUCGGCACACCAUUACCAUGAGAUGCACUCAAGCGGGUCACUGCAGGCUGAAGCUUUGGCAACAAGGCAGUCAGUGAAAACACUCAGAUUGUGUGGAUGAUUAUCAUUGUUUUUGUUUUUGUUUGUGUUUAGGGAGGGUUUGGAUGUGUGUCGUUCUGUUUGUGUUGAGACUUUUUAGCAGUGUUUCAUGUUGCAUCUGCUGUCACUGGUAGAAUUGACCAGUGGGCUGACCGAAGCAGAGAAUUAUAGUUUUGGUCGAGCAGUGAGAGUGAUGAUUGAUGACUGCGUUAAGAGAGAUUUUGAUUAUUUCUGCUUACCCCGACUGGGCUGAAGUUGUUUUUGGUUUAGCUGUUGUGUUCUAAAGGCUUUUGUAUGCUGUCCACCCGGGGCCUCAUUUAUAAAUAUGAAAAAGGCAACAAACAAAAAAAAAAGAUGUCUGCAUGGUCUCCCCUACCGAUACAGAUGUUAGCAUACUGGAAGCAAAGUAAAAUAUGUUGUACUGCUUUAAGACCCCAUAAAUUAUUUUAAAAAAAGAAACAUUAAUUAUAAUUCUGAGGAGACAUAAAUGUUCCUUAACAUGAACACCUGUGAUCACCCUUAAGUGGAGGCUAGUAUAAAAACAUAAAAAAAUAUAAAGUAGGUCUUCAUGUCAUUUGGCAAAUACCCAUGCCCAACCCACCCAUUCUUUUCUUUUUCUGCCACUUAUCUGGGUCCGGCUCACAGGGGCAGCACUCUAAGCAGAGAUGCUCAGACCUCCCUCUCCACAGCAGCUUCCUCCAACUCUUCUACAGGGACACUGAGUCUUUCCCAAGCCAGCGGAGAAGAUGUAAUCUCUCCCACCUUAAGUUUCCCCCUAGUUGGACAUUCCCUAAAUGUCUUAACUAUAAGACAUACAGGCACCAUUUGUCACCGUUGUGACCCCCAGUGACCAGAACCACCUCAGGUGGCUCCUUUGGAUAUGAAGGAGUUAGCAGUUCUACUGUGAGCUCCUCCCGGGUGACCGAGCUCCUCACACAAUCUCUUAAUCUCAGCUCACUCUUCCGAGGAAGAGUGCUUUUACGCUCUUUCUUGACCACGACAGACAAUCCACGUGUCAAUCACCCCUUCUUCCCUCCCUCAGGAACAAGACCCUGAGAUACUCCUCCACAUGGGGCAUCAAUUCAUUCCCAUCCUGGAGUGGGCACUCUGCCCUUUUCUGGCUGAGAACCAUGGCCUCAGAGUUUGAGGUGCUGAUUCUAAAUUUAGCAGGUACACACUGCACAUUAAUACACACUUGAAUGUCCUUAUGGAUGUACAGUUCCAUUACAGUGGCAUUUAAAAAAAAUAAAAAAAAUGUUAAAUGUUUAUGUUCUACCCUUAAGUGGUUAAAGGGGCAGUCUGAAAAUCAAGUGCAGCGUUGGCACAGGACGGUUAUGGAGAUCAACCACACUCCAGAUCAUGAUUUCCUUUUAUCAGUUUAACCAGAAACGUCUGUGUAGAUUCUCAGUUAUCCAGGUCAUAGGCACAUGUGGGCACAUGUGUUCAAGCACAUGAUCAAUAAAGGGUCAUAACCACCUCCAGGGGACUACGCCCACAGGGGUUUAAAUACCUGGGUCUCUCCACCAUUUGGUUGAGAACUGAAGAAGCCUUUCGGAUGAGAGGUGAAACGUCUUCAAGAAACAAAAAGAAGUCCAGUCGCCUUUUUCAAGCUCCAGAGUUUAACCAGAAACGUUAACAAAGACAAUUUUGACUCAAGAUCACCGACAUUUUCCGUCUGACACGUAGCAAUACUAAUAUGAUCAGCUGAUUGAUGCGUGUAUUAACACUCGCAGCAGGCCUGUCAUUAAUCAGUCAUAUUUGAUUACAUGGGUUAACAAGCUCAUGACAUGACCGGUGAGAUCUAUCUAACUGGAAACCUGCGUUUAGGUGAGGCUGGUUCUUGAGGGUGCAGACUUUUCUCUGUAUAUUUCUCUGUGCAAUCGAUAAACCGGUUUAUAAAUGAGGCCCCACUCGUCCUUUCUGCUGCUUUAUUUUGACCCACAGGCUGUAAAAGAGCGAAACAGUGCUUUCCUCACCAGGGAAACAGUAUGAAUUAAAGACACUACCAGACAUAAUCACAUCAAACAUGAAACACAGGGGUGCACAUUCACCCCAAAUACUGGUUUUGGGUUAUUGUGACAUGUAAAACUUUUUUUAAUUGUACAGAUAGUUGGGAAAAUAGGAAACAUGAAUUAAGUGUGCCAAUUGUUUGUCUUUGUUUUUUUUUUUUUGUUUUUUUUUUCUUAAGCUGUAAGAUAAAAUUGAGAGUUUAGAAGGAAACAAACUGUAGUUGUAAUUUAUUGCUUAUUAAAUUGACACCCUGCUGUUCAAACACAUCAUUAAACACAGAGAAUCAGUACCACGAGUCACUCUGUAACGUCAUCACCACCAGUGGCUCUUUGCUCACACUAAAGUCACAAACUCUAAUUUUUAACUACCUGUAACUAAAGACAUGACGCCAAACACAAGAAGUGCGUGUGGUGCUCACAGAAUUUAAAAACCCUUCCUCUUCCUGUUGCUCUGGCAGGCUUUCAAAAUCAAUUUUGAAAAUCACCCCGAGUAAUACGAGCGGUGCGUUUCUAAAUCCCUGUGAGUAUAUUUCUGACUGUACUGUAUCUCUUGCACUAUUAUCAGUGGGAUAUUUGCAAAAAAUACAUUUUGAUAUUUAGCACAGAGAGUCUGUUUGGUUCAGUGGAUUUCAAAAAAAAAUCUUUGUAAACACAUUUUUAUCCUUUCAGUGAUUUAAAAAAAAAAAAAAAAAUCUUGUGUUAAUUGACUCAACUGGAAUAGCUCAGCUGAUAACACCUGACAUGUUUUUUCUAGUGAAAUGCUCAAUAUUAAAUGUGUUUAAGUACAGUUUGUUAACUUGUAUAACUUAAAAUAAUUGUAAUGUUUCGAAGCCGAGCAUGUCUGCCUUGUGGCUUUUAAUGUUCAUUCAGCCGAGGAUCUUUGAAGCCUUGCCACAAUGACCAUCAUUUGUACAUUCUUGAUGUUUGUGGAAGCUACUAGCUCUUUUAAAAAUGUUUCUGGACAAAAAAAAAAAAAUCUAAUUUUUGUAUGGGUGUUAUCCAAGUGUUAUAUCUUGUUGGCAAUAACUUCUAUUUGAAUGUUCUCAAUCAUUGCAAUGUAAAAGGCCAACGCUGCCUGCCGGCAACAAGAAUUUUGUCUUUGUUUACUUUUAUUUUGAAACAUUCUUCUUUUUUUUAAGUCUAUGCAUUGUUUUGUUUUUAUUGUUUGUUUUUUUCUCCGAGGUGUUUUACUGUACUUUUUGCCUAUCAGAGUUGUUCUGCAGCCUUUGUUCGAGUUGUGAAUGAAUGUCAGUUUGUUUCUAAUCACCAUUGAACUUUCAGCAUGCUGUUGAGUUGAGACUAGGACUGUGUUUCUUUUUACUGUGAUGACCUGACGAUGGCUAAAUUGUCCCCUUUUUUUUUUUUUUUAAUGUGUGUGCGUGCGCAUGUGUGUGUGGGCUUUUUUUUUUUUUUUUUUUUUUUUUGCCCUCUGUCCAUGUUAAUAAGUUGGGUUUUGUUUUGUAUGGCUGCUGACCAUGUCUUGACUCAAUGCUUCCAAAUCCUAUACCAACUGAACAAUUAAAGA